AUGAAGUUCUUCACGAUCCUCUCGUUCCUUCUUCCUCUCUGCCUGGCCCUGGUCCUUCCCAGAAGUAUCACCGAUGGAUCCGAUCAGGCCGUUGCAGCCAUUGAAGCGACCUUCGAAUUCGUCUUCGAGAAUGGAGGUGCGGGGGCCACGGAGGAGGCUGAGGUUCUUGUUGAACCUCCUCCCGGCGUAGGUCGGGCUGGCGCAGCAGGCUACGCACCAUCAGGCACAUCAAUUACGGGCCACAAACCUAUGGACGGGGCCACCAAGUUCUUUUUCAGGAAAUACGACGAAUUUACUGGCUUUAUAGGAGAGGGAGAGUUCAUUUACAGCGAAGCUGAACACCGAAUCACGGAGUUUCACGCGAAUAGCGGCAGAAUUGAACGAGCUGGAAUUGUGAUCAAACAACUCUAUCCCAAGCUGCGCCUUGUUGCUUAUAAGGCAUAA